CGGUAACUCAUUCGGCACCCGGAGAGAUCCCCAUUGCCCUGGAAUGCAAACUACUCACGAACCCUCCGUCGACUCUCGUCCGCUGUCCAUUGCAAUGCACUACUGGCUUGCAGAAACUCUCAAUCCAGGCUGGUCCAGGCGCGCGUCAUGGCUGCUCUUCCAGUCGCACACUCCAUGGUGCUCACGGCAACUCCCGGUGCAUCUCAAGCGUCAAUUUCACAGAACAAUCAGAGCUCGAGCUCAAAGUGCCAGCUUCUCUGAGGGACCAUCAGAGCCGUCCUUGUUGCGAGACACCAUCCCACAACAUUUCGCCCGGAUAGUUGCUUCUCACCCGACCGCCCUGGCGCUCGUUGCGCGAUCGUCUGUCCGUAUUGCCGACCGAGGGAGUGUCAAUCCAAAGGAGAUAUCAUUGACGUAUGCCCAGCUCGACCGACUAUCAGAUCGUUUGGCUUCUGGUCUACAAGUCCUGGGAGUGCAAAAGGGAGAUCGAGUUGCCGUCUCCCUUGGCAACGUUGCCGAAUAUGGUGCACUCACAUACGCCGUCUUCAAACUUGGAGCUAUCCUCGUUCCUCUCAACCCCUCAUUCAACGCAUUCCAGGUGGAGCGAGCACUGAAUCAUCUGAGCGUCAAGGUCCUGAUCAUUGGUGCACUCACCGAUCUCGCAUACCGCCCAGGUCAAGGAAGUAGUAAUUUGGACAUACUCAAACAUGUUGAAGCGAAUGGCCUCGCCAGAUCCCCAGAGAUCACGAGCAGCGUCGUGCCUUCCCUCCGCCGUAUUGUCAUCCUCGACAACCGGAGCGAGCAUCCCGAUGCGCUUCUUGACCUUGACUCUUACACCUCCCUUACGCCUUACGAACAUUUGCUCAGCGUUUCAGAAAGUCGACCAGCUCGAAAUGCCGAUCAACACCCCGAUGAUAUCAUCAACAUUCAGUUCACAUCAGGAACUACCUCUAUGCCAAAAGCCGCGCAACUGUCGCAUCGCAACAUUCUGAACAACGGCUUCCUGACCGCACGGAGAAUGGGCCUCGUGCCAGGGGAUCGGAUCGUCGUCCCGCCUCCAUUGUUUCAUUGCUUUGGCUCCGUGCUUGGAUACAUGGCCACUGCAACGACCGGUUCCACCUUGAUGUUCGCCUCACCAGCCUUUGACCCUCAUGCCACAUUACGCAUGUGUCGAGAGCAUGACGCAACUGGACUCUAUGGUGUUCCAACCAUGUUGCUGGCUGUUCUUGACGCCCUUGAAGCUGAAGGGGUUCAAGCGCCUCCAAAUCUGGCCAAAGGAAUCCUCGCGGGUAGCUCUGUGCCUCAAUCCCUGAUGCACAGGAUACACCAGAAGCUGGGAAUGAGAGAAGCAGUCAUCUGCUAUGGCAUGACAGAGACAAGUCCCAUCAGCUGUAUGACCUCUCCGACUGACCCAGUGGAAAAACAAACCCGGACGAUUGGCAAGGUGAUGCCUCAUACCAAGGUCAAGAUUGUGUCUCCUGUGGACAGGAACAAGAUCCUACCUAGAGGGGAAAAGGGAGAGUUCGCUGCCUCAGGAUACCUGGUCAUGGCAGGCUAUUACAACGAUCCGGAACGGACAGCCGAAUCGAGAAUUGCGGACGCGGAUGGCACGGUGUGGAUGUAUUCAGGCGAUGAAGCAGAAAUGGAUGCAGACGGCUAUGUUUCCAUCACCGGCAGGAUCAAGGAUCUCAUCAUCCGGGGAGGAGAGAAUAUACACCCACUAGACAUCGAGGACUGCCUGUUUCAACUGGACGGGGUUCGAGAGGUCAGCGUCGUAGGGGUCCCGGAUGAGAAACUCGGAGAAGUAGUGGCGGCCUUCAUCGUACCCAAGGACGGCGUCGUCACAGGGCCUGACGACACCAUUGGAGAAUCGCAUACACAAAGCAGUACCGCGAAGCCGACUUUGACCAAAGAAAUCGUUCGCGAUUGGGUGAAAAGGCAGCUUUCAAGUCACCUUACCCCUAAGUUCGUCUUCUGGACGGAGCAGUACCCCAAAACCGCCAGCGGGAAAAUUCAGAAAUUCAUGCUCCGCGACAUGGCAUUGAAGAAGUUGGGUCGUGAAAAGUCUGUGUAG